AAUGGAACUCCGUCCGUAUAGUCCAUAGUCACUUUGACUACGGAUCUUUCCUACUAGAACCAUGUAGCAAGAUAGCACUAGCAAGGUUGGACUGACUGCAGGCAAAAUGUCUGCGUACAAUCACUGGCUCAAUGAAAUCGGCCCCAGCCUUAGCCCUUCAGGUUGAGUGUCUGAAGUCCUCCGGAGACAGCUCUUAGCUAAUCGUUUUUUCUAUAGAGCUAUUCAAGACUCAUCUCAUCCUCUUAUUAAAAUUCUAUACUCAAUUCUCCAAUCCCUACCAACAUCCUCUUAUUGGACAAACAAAUCUCUUCCUCCCCUUGCUAAAAGCCCUUAUUAAAAUAUAAAGACCUCCCCUUGUUAAAAGCCCUUAUUAAAAUAUAAAGACCUCCCCUGUCCAGUUAAGCAGUCUGUGGGUAACCCACUUUUUCAUAUUAUGUAUGAGGCCAUAAUUUUUCAUCCGUAUGUCUUACUUAAUAUAGAUAUAAAUAAAGGAUCACUAGAUGCGAACAGGGAAUUCAAUAAGGUACUAGAAGAACAGUGGUCUGAUUGGACCCUAAUCUUCACGGAUGCGUCUAAAAUGUCUGCUGAAGGUAACAUAGGAUAAUGAAUACAUUGCUGACAGUCAUAAUGUGGCCCAGUUAUUGUCCCCUAUUAUCACCUCUCAAAGGGUUAUGGCUGCUCAGUUUGGUAACAGCUAUUCAUCUAUGCAAUGUAAAGAUAAUACAACUAUUGUAUUUGAUGAGUGGCUGGACCAUGUGUUCAUGAUCAUAAGUGAAGAUAGUGUGGAUGAGGCCCACAGAGAGCUGAUGGACUGCAAGACGCUUGUGCAACACAUUUGUGGACAAAAUAUCAAUCUACUCCAAUCACCAGCCUACCAGAACUGGUUAUCAGUAUUGCUGGAUAGCCGCACCAAAGGUGACUCGAUCCCCGGCGCGAGCGGUGUCAUCGGCGAGAGCGGGGCGUCGGCUGCGGCGCUCAGCGCCCUCAAAGCGGCUGCAAAGGAUAUCAAAACUGCGCCAUACCAACAUUACCAUCUCAUGCUUGUUGUCGGUGACAAGAUUUUGGCACUUUAUUCUAGUCGUGGCAGUGAAGACCUGUUGCCGCCAGACCUAAUAAUGUUGAGCGUACAAUGUAUUGCUGCUCAGGAAUAUUGGCAAGAUGCCAAACAUAGUAGUGGCGAUGGUCAGAAUGAAGUGGUUCUUUUGCCUUGGCUGCGUGAGAACAGCGGCGUGGUGCAGCUGACGAGCGGCGCGGCUCGCGCUCCGAGUGCGCCGCACGAGCUGCGCCUGGCCGCGCUCGCGCCGCGUCUCACGCUGCUCGUGCUGCGGGACCUGGAGCUCCGAGAAAUUGGAGUUUCGACAUACAUGUCCACUCAGAUACUGUCAAACCUACGUAGGUUGUUGCUCCAAAGAAACUUGGAAUUGCUUCCGAGUACGCUGGAUGCGCUAGAAGCUUCACUAAAAAAGACAACUGACGCGCUUCGUAAAAACAAGGCGAACGCACCUCUGUGCGCGCGCGUCUCCUCGCGAAUGCUGGAACUGCGCAAGUCGUGCACUACCACCACACCUCUCACCCCCGAAACCGCCGCCACAGCGAUGCAUACGGCCCUCGAAGCUGUCAUAGAACUACUGAAGCCUGAAGUGGCUCCUACGAAUUUGACGCAAGCCGUGAAGGACCUGAAGACAGCCCUGGCCCCUUAUGUGGAUUUCCUCCAAGUGAAGGCGAUGAGAUAUUUCAGCUUGGGAUCGUCCGAGCCGGACGUGAGUUCCCUAACGCUGCACAAGUAUGUGGAGGAGUUCCCCGGGCUCGUGCACUUCGUGUACGUCGACCGCGCCGCCGCCCGCUCCCUCGCGCCCGACAUGGCCGACUGCAAGGACAUGCUGGCCCCAGAUACUGUGAAGCAGAUAGUGAACCGCAGCCUGUCGAUAGUCCGCGAGGGCUACAGCGCAGCGACGUGGCGGCGCGGCGCGCUGCACGUGGCGUGCGUGUGGUGGUGGACGCGGCGCGGCGUCGCGCUGCGUCCCGCCGCGCCGCAUCCCGCCGCUGUGCGCGCGCUGCCGCCCGCGGGGGACCUCGCCGGUACCUUCUACAGGCAAUUAACCGAGCUGUCAUUCCCCAACGAUAGCGCGGGUGUGAGCUUGAAGGAGCUGAUCUGCAUCCACCUGGGGCUACUGCCGGCCUCCAGCGCGCUGCAGCAAGCGCGGCGACUGGCGCACUCCGUGCUGGAACUCGGGGACCACGGCGCACACGACCUGCUGUAGACUGGGUCCACCGCUACAUGUCGUCACUAGCUGAUCAGUGGGACUACUGCCUGCCUCCAGCGCGAUGCAGCUGUAGUUUACUUACCAUCCUUCAAAGUUGAACCAAAAUAAGAAUCAAUUUUAUUACCCGAUUUUAUAAAAAAAAAGUAAUGUGUUCUGAGAGUAGUGUUAAAUUUUAUUAAUAAUUUGUUGAUAUAGAAAUGGCUCCUUCGAAGGUAUUUGAAGAUGGCAAAAAUGACAGUCAAAACAUUCCCGAAUAUGUGGGAGGUACGGCGUCUGGCGCUAGAUGGCAUUGCAACGACCUAAUCUCAUCCUUAUCACACUGAAUAUGAAAGAACUGAUAACUAAUUAAAUAGCUGUUCCGCGGGACUUCCCUCUUGUAUGACUACGGAUUCUAGAUAUCCUAUACGUAUACGUACUAAACACAUUCCAGCUCUUCAACUUCAUUAUUUAGUGUAUACCUUUGAUAUAUUGAUAAGAGGCUUACUACUGUUGCAUAUAAUGUAUCAUUUGCCAAUCAAUAAGUAAUUUUGUUUUGUCCAUUUGUAGAUGAGUAUUUCAGAGUUAAAUUGUGUAUUCUAUAGCUUUAAUGUGCCAAAUCCAUAGAAUUCAUUAUUUAAAUUAUAAAAACAUGAUUUUUUCAUAGUGUUGAAUUUUUUGUUUUUUACUGAUCUAUAAUAAAAAUAUUUGCAAUGUUAUAGCUGCGCAAGCUAAGCCUAAGGAUUUGACGAAUUUAUGUUUAUUUAUUUUGCAAGUUUGUUAUCUUUUUAAAUGUAUUCUAAAUCUAUAUAAUUUACAAUAAAACCUUAAACGAAAAUAUCAAAA